AUGUCACCUGCCACAGCUCAAGGGACAACCCCUACAAGCAAUCCAGAAAACCCACCAUCCGCCCCUGUGGUAUCACCCACCACUGCUCAAGGGACCACCCCUACAAGCAACCCGGGAAACCCAACAUCCACCCCUGCAAUGUCACCUGCUGCAGUUCAAGGGACCACCCCCACAAACAACCUGGGAAACCCACCACUCGCCCCCACGACAUCGCCCCACCUAUCUCAGCAGGUCAGCUCUUCAACCAGGUCUGGAGCCUCAACAGCUACCUCUGUUGCAACCUCCAGCAUGGCCCAGCAGAAGACCAGCCCUCCAGCCAGCACAGGAAGCUCAGCAGCCACCACUGCCAGAGGUGCUGUCUUCACUCAUGGAAGCACCCCUCCAGCUAUCCCAGGAGGUUUAGGGACUGCUGUCGCAUCCACUCCCAGUGUGCAAGCUCAGGGAAACCAGCCUUCAGACCAGUUGACCAGCACUGCUGAGAUCACCAGACUCCCAACGAGCGGCCUUCCCCCUGCGCUCAAAGACUAUGGUGUCUCUUCUCCCACAUCUGUCGCCAAGCAGCCUCACUCUUCUCCCAGUUCUCCAGUCCAGGGACUGGCCUUUUCCACCAGACCCGGAAGUAUCGACACUUCUGUUACCCCUUUUGAUGGACCUGUCUCCACCACCAGUAAAGCGUCUCUGUCUUUACCACCUGGCAGCAUCAACAAAGUCUCAGAGGCAGCCACCACGCCGACUCUUGGAGCAGACCAGAGAAGCCAUGAUGCCGGAUCUUUGUCAACCGAACCAACAAGUGCUGACCAGAGCCCUGCCGGUGCACAGCCAUCAGCCCCAGCCCCGGGGGACCAGACGGCGAGCAGCAGUCCUGGCCACCAGCACCCUAACACUUCUUUCCAAAAUGAGGUCAUCUGUAAAGACCAGGUGCAAAAUAAUUGGCCCACCAUAUAUCUGAAAGAAGCUAAAACCUGU